AUGAUUUUGCUUCAGGUUUUGGGAUUGACCAUUUUGGCUUGGAGCAACAGUAUCGGCGAUUUAAUCGCGGAUAUCUCUGUGGUGAAGCAAGGUUACCCUCGAAUGGCAAUGGCUGCUGCAAUCGGUGGACCACUAUUCAACCUUCUAAUUGGAUUUGGUUUGCCAUUCCUCAUAGCGAUAGCUGGCGGACGCACAGUUACGGUAAGUAAUACCUUAAAGUCUUAGAG